CCAACCAACAUUAAAUAAAUAAAUAAAUAAUAUUUAAAAUGCUUCACUGUAUUCUAUCUCUCUUUCUCAAUAUUUUUUACCCAUUUUUGUUUUAAUGGCAGUGGUUUGAUUUUGCUCUUUGUUUCUUUGAUUCUGAGGAAUUUCUGCUUUUGCUUUCAAAUUACGACAUCGUUUCUUUACAUUGCACAAGUUGGCUACUUUAAUACAUAUUCUCUCUUUUUCAUUCUUUGCUUUUAGCUGUAGACUUUCUCAUGUUGUAAAUCAUAGCAAAAAGAAAACUUUUUUUGGUUUGGGCAUCUCUGUAUCUCUCUAUCUCUAUCUGCGUUUUGGGUUUUGGGUUUUUUCCAUGCAAGAGAUGAAGGCUUUCAAUUGUGCUUCUGUAGUGUUGGAUCCAAAGACUAGGUCAUGCCUCUGCCGUCUUUUUGUUGUAGCUUCUUUGAUUUGUGCUGCCUACUUCAUUAGUGGUGCAUUUAUUGCUAAGGAAUACAAAGAUAGGUUAUCGAGAUGGGAGGUGAUUAAUAUGCUACAGAAUUCAAAAUCCAAUAUAUGCAAGAUUCGAUGCAGACCUCCGGGAAGUGAGGCAUUACCUCAAGGAAUUGUGGUCAAAACAUCAAACUUGGAAAUGCGACCUUUAUGGAGUGACACUCUGAAGAAUGGCAAUCUAGAGCUGUCAUCAAACUUGUUAGCCAUUGCUGUAGGUAUUAAGCAAAAGGAAAUUGUAAAUCAAAUUGUUAAAAAGUUCCCUUCAAGUGAUUUUGUUGUGAUGCUUUUCCACUAUGAUGGUGUUGUGGAUGAGUGGAGAGAUUUGGAAUGGAGUGAUCGUGCCAUACAUGUUUCUGCAGUGAAUCAAACCAAAUGGUGGUUUGCCAAACGUUUCUUGCAUCCGGACAUAGUUGCUGAAUACAAGUACAUAUUCCUCUGGGAUGAGGACCUUGGAGUAGAUAACUUUGAUCCAAAACAAUAUUUGUCUAUAGUUGAAGACGAGGAACUGGAGAUAUCACAACCAGCACUUGAUCCAGUUAAGUCAGAGGUGCAUCAUCAAAUCACAGCUCGUAAAAGGAAUUCAAGAGUGCACAGAAGGAUGUACAAGUUUAAAGGCAGUGGAAGGUGUGAUGGCCGCAGCACUGCUCCUCCAUGUAUAGGUUGGGUGGAAAUGAUGGCCCCUGUAUUCUCAAGAGCUGCAUGGCGCUGUGCAUGGUAUAUGAUCCAGAAUGACUUGAUCCACGCUUGGGGCCUUGAUAUGCAGCUUGGUUAUUGUGCACAAGGUGAUCGUAUGAAAAAUGUUGGUGUGGUUGAUGCUGAGUACAUAGUUCAUUUGGGUCUUCCUACACUUGGUGUUUUGGCUGAAAAUGAGUUAAAUUCUACACAAGUUAACAUUACUCAGGGGGAGCCCUCCUCUAACUCAGAAACAUUGGCACCAUCUGAAUCUCAUAAAGUUGACAAUAGACCUGAAGUGAGAAGACAAUCUUUCAUUGAAAUGCAAAUGUUCCGUAAAAGAUGGGAAAAUGCUGUCAAGCAGGACAAAUGUUGGGUUGAUCCUUACCAACAAUCAGUUAACAAAAGCACUCACUAAUUAUUUGGAGUACAAAUGAUUUUCUCAAGUAUAUGUUUUUUUCACAAGGUAAAGGAUUGUAAAUUUGUGAGGAAAUUUGGAUGUAAGAGAUUGUUAUUCAUUAUUCAUUGAAUGACAAUGUAAAUAUGUUUUGUUGAUUAGAAAUGUUGUACUGUUUUACAA